GCACAAAAAGAGGCAGCCUCGGCAGCAGGGUCCUUCAGAACCUUGUAAAGCGUCUCCUCAGAGCUCCGUGUAAAAAUGGUCCAGAAAAUCAUUAAUAAAUUUAUCGGCCCCAAGUAUGUUUCUAUCCUAAGGACGUGGCUACCAAACCUCAUUACGUGGGGAACAGUUGGAGGCGUGGCGCUUGUUCACUUCACAGAUUGGCGGUUAAUUCUAGACUAUGUACCAUACAUUCGAGGAAAGUUCAAGAAGGAUGAGUAGAGAGAACAAUCAAAUGACCAGAGCUUGGAGACCAGCACAUGAGUCGGUACUUACUCAGUCCGAAGUGGGAUACUUUGACUUGGCUGUCGGCUACUGAGUUUGGACUUCACCUUGUUAAAAUAUACAUUUGAUUCAGUGUUGUAAUAUAUUAAUGAAUAAUUGAUUCAUGCUCAUGUGUCCUGUUAUUUUGUUAUUUUGUAAUGUUUACAACUAUUAAAAUUAUGUAAACUGCG